CUCCCCUCCCCCUUUGUAGGAUCCAUGCCGUACCAGGCCGUGGUCUACCCGGAGCCCCCCGAUGGGGGCUGGGGGUGGAUGGUGGUCUUGGCAGCCUUCAUCCAGUCGGCCCUGGUCUUUGGGGUGAUCCGCUCCUUUGGGGUCUUCUUCGUGGAGUUUGUGGAGUACUUCGAUGAGCUGUCCAGACGCAUCUCCUGGAUCACGUCCAUCGGGAUAGCGGUGCAGCAGUUUGUCAGUCCUUUGAGCAGUGCGCUCAGCACCCGCUAUGGGGCACGUCCCGUCGUCAUGGCCGGCGGCUUCUUUUCCAGCCUGGGGCUUUUCCUGGCAUCCUUCGCCACCACCCUGGUUCACCUCUACCUCUGCAUCGGGCUUCUCUCCGGUUUCGGCUGGGCCUUGGUCUUUACCCCCUCCAUGGCCUCCAUGGCGCGUUAUUUCAAGGCACGGCGGACGCUGGCUACAGGUUUGGCAUUAACCGGCGUGGGCCUGUCUUCGUUUGCCUUCUCCCCCCUCUUCCAGCUCUUGGUGGAUCUGUACGCCUGGCGUGGGGCCCUGAUGAUUGUGGCGGGCAUGUCCUUCAACCUGGUGGUUUGUGGCGCCCUCAUCCGCCCGCUCACCCUGAAAGAGGACCUGGCAGGCCCAACGCGAGGGGACUCGGCAGGGAUGAGUCUGAAGGAGCUCUCUUCGCUUUUUGGCCUCCACCUUUUGUCCCACUGGCCUUUCAUGCGAUUUGUCCUUGCCAUCACCCUAAUCAACGCAGGAUAUUUCAUCCCCUACGUCCACAUGGUGGCCCGGGCGAGAGAAUUAGGCUUUGACGAGUAUAAGGCCGCUUUUCUGAUGUCAGUAGCUGCUGUGGCUGACCUGUGCGGCCGCCUCUUCUCCGGUUGGCUGGGCAACUGUCGAGCUUUCCCUCUGAUCCACAUCUUGGUGACCUGGACGUCUCUGACAGGGAUAUCUUUGGUGCUGAUCCCGUUUGGGCACAGUUAUCCACUCCUCAUGGCCAUUAGCCUCUGCUACGGCUUCUUCUCCGGAGCCCUCACCCCCGUGGUCUUCUCCAUCAUUCCUGAGAUUGUAGGCAUCAAGAACAUCUUCAGUUCGAUGGGACUGCUGCAGAUGAUAGAGAGCAUUGGGGGGCUGCUGGGGGCACCCCUUUCAGGUUUCCUGAGAGAUGUCACAGGGGACUACACCGCCUCGUUCUUGACGGCCGGUUCCUUCAUCUUGGCCGGCAGCCUCGUUUUGGUCACUUUGCCCAAUUUCUUCACCUGCACGCCUCGGCCUGCCCUGCGGGAGGCGGAUCCUGUGGUGGAGGCUGGGUUGGGCUCUCCCUUGGAGUCAGCCCCUGUCCCCGUGGGGGCCCCCUCUCUGCACAACAGCCCCCCCUAUGAGGCGGUACCCAAGACAGAGAAGAGACUCCCCAACAGCUGAGGCAGAGUUCAAACCCAGAGGAGCCACGACAGCAGCCAAGAUUACGGGAGGCAGGCAGGCAACAUUCCCCUCCCCGGAAGGCAGAGGGUUUGUCCUCUCAGAGAAAACGGAGAGGUGUCACACGCAGAUGGACAGAAACCACCCGGUAGUUCUUGACUCCUUGCCGCAACGUGGCAGCUGCUGGUGCCACAAACUCACACGCCUCUUCCUUUGGUGAACAGUUGCCUUUGAUUCGCCUCUCCCCGUAGGAGUUGAGGGCUGAGAGAAAGUAAGUGCGCAUUUAGAGGCCUAAUUGCGCCCCCCCCCCCCCGGUCUUCGAAUGCCUGCGGUAAGCACGGCCAGCCGUGAGGGUCUCCUCCUCAGCCAGACUCUUCUGCCUUCUUGUACCUUCCACUGUAGUGGCACCAGCUGCCCUGCAGACUUGGCAGCCGUGUGUCCCUGCUUUGCCACCCUGUUCUCGUCCCUCGCCUUGGGAACAGCGGCAAACAAGCUGGUGACUCCUUCCUCAGGGUCUUUUUUCCCUGGGCGGAGCAGGAGUUGACCACUCCACUGCACAGAUUGGGCAGGUGAAAAGACGACUGGCCGAACGGUUGCUAGGAUCCAUUUGGGGAACUCCGAGGGCAGGACCGGAUCCCUGAAUUAUUAGAGUCACGCCCUGGUUCCCUUCUCCCAGAGACCAGCGUGGCUUCUAGAGAGCUACCCCAGCUGGUCUUGGAAAGGUUGUCUUUGGAGAGGAGGUGUGAGAACUUGGUUUAUCUUGGGACAAGACCACCUCACUGGGCCUCUCCUCCCGAGGGCUCUGGAGCUGAGCAGCCCCCCCUUCUCGUAGCACCCAAACUGCCAUCCCACUAGAACCCAUUCCUGUGAGGGAGGAAUUUCUCAGCCCUCUCUCCACUCUAUGCCUUUACAUUGCAGAAGUGCCGCACUCAAGGCCACUGGUCGUCGUGGGCAGAUGUUUCAGGCUGAGGCCCACAUCUGGGUCUCCACCUGCUUUUCGAGGACUGGGUUGGAUGAGUCCCAGAUGUCGGCCCUCUCUGAAUGGCGCUUCCUGGCCCUUGAGCUGUGCCAAAGUUUCUUUGGCCCGUGUUGCAAUCUGGGAGACUGAGAAGCCGAGAAAUUAAACUGCCUGGAUGCUGGCUGGAAAGUUCUCUUGCAGGCUGUGUGCGGUCCUCCUCUCUGGGCCAGAGUCUGUGCCUUUUCCCCUUGCCUCUUUGGGUAAGCUUGUUUUCCGCCUCAGAAGAGGUGCAAAACUCAGCAGGAGCUGCGGGUCCGGCUGUUCGUGUGAACGCUCUGACAAAGCCUCGUUUCACGAUUCAGUGUGGCUUGAAAAAUCCUCAAGACAAGAGCACAGGAGGGCUGCGCUGGAGUUACAGGAGCCUGGCCUCGUGAACAUUCAGAUCUGCAGGAAAGAAAAUCCGUGUGCUGUUCCGACUUCCCACUGUGCAAAAACCUCUUGCAACUGGCUUUCUUUUGUUACUUGCAGGCUGCUUCAGUAUAGGCUUCCCUCUUCUCAGCAUCCUUAAGAAGAAUCACAUCCUGCUUUUCAUCCAUUCCCUAGUUUCCUUGGAAGAGGUUUUAUUUCUUUUUAAAUGUCAGGCAUUUGUUGCUACUAGAAUCCAAAUGUUGGAGGAGUUGGCAAUGAAUGUGGCCCUCUUGUUGGCGAUGGAGGAGUUGGCGAUGAAUGUGAUUGUGUGAAAUGCAGAAGGGUUUUGAUCUUUUGUUUCUUUAAGAUAAAAAUGAGUUUCCAAGCAA